CUCCCCAUUCUGGCCACGGCCAAUAUACACAGUGCCAACCCGCCAGUGGAACUCCAUCUAAGGAACGAGCACACUCUGCCUCCACAGACCAACAAGCACACAACCCAUCGACAUGGCUGACCAACUAACAGAGGAGCAGAUUGCAGAGUUCAAGGAGGCUUUCUCCUUAUUCGACAAGGAUGGUGACGGCACCAUUACCACCAAAGAGCUCGGCACUGUCAUGAGGUCGCUGGGCCAGAACCCCACAGAGGCUGAACUGCAGGACAUGAUCAAUGAAGUGGACGCUGACGGUAAUGGAACCAUCGACUUUCCGGAGUUCCUGACCAUGAUGGCCAGAAAAAUGAAGGACACAGACAGCGAGGAGGAGAUUCGUGAGGCUUUCCGGGUAUUUGACAAGGACGGAAAUGGCUACAUCAGCGCUGCAGAGCUCCGUCACGUCAUGACGAACCUGGGAGAGAAGCUAACAGAUGAGGAGGUGGACGAGAUGAUCAGAGAAGCAGACAUUGACGGAGACGGACAGGUCAACUAUGAAGAGUUUGUACAGAUGAUGACCGCAAAGUGAAGCUUGCCCGCCCCGCCCUGUCCCCUCUUAGAAGAAAAAAAGGAAAAAACAAGAAAAAAAAAAGUCAAAAUGUUUUACUUACCUCUUGGAAAAAUGUUCAUUUAUUCAUACUGUUUCUGUAUAGAAAAUAAUUGAAUGUUGAAUUAAUCUAUCCUUCUGUCCACACAGGAAAAAAUAUAAAGAAAAUAUACAAAAAAUAUCUGCAUGAAAAUGAUGGUUAGUGAUCCUGUCCCCUCCCCCCGGAGAUCAGUUUAGCAUCAGUACUUAACAAGUAAAAAUAAUAACAACAAACCCUGUAUCUACUACCUUCAGACUAAAGCUAAAGCAUUUGGCGAACUCCUUCCAGUUCCAUUUGCUAAUGGUAAAUGUCUGGGCUGGCCAUCUCUUCUUUCUCUCUCUCUGUUUUCUGUUCUUCAUGCAUGCAGCUUGAGACCGGAGCACUAACCCCCAUGCCCCCCCAUCCCUCCUCCGGGCUACCAGAGCGUGCUGAUUCCACUAUAAGCUGUCCUCUUGUUGGUUUGGUACAGUUUUUUUGUAUUUGGAGAGGAACCCUGUACUGUUAAGAUGAGAGAAUUUACCAGGUUCUAACUCAAGCGUUAAAGUGGAAUGGGACUUAAUUGUAUGCUAGAUAAAAAGAGAAAAAAACAAUGUACAAAAAAUACAUUUUCAAAUGUUUGGCAUGUUCUUUUGUUUUUGUUAUGUUAUUUGGACGGCCAUCUUAGUAGUUGUGCGUCCUGCCCUUUUAAAAGGAGGGGGACUUAAAGAGUCUUACGGUGAGCUUUCUUUUAUUUUUUAUUUUAUUUUUUUGCUGAGAUGGAGUGUCUGUCCUCUUUUCUUGCAAGAGAGAAUCACUGGCCUUCACUUUUUUUCUUCUUCUGUUUCUCGACUCAGACAAAAGCGUAGUGAGGGGUGUACUGUGUUUGCAGCGCAUGCUGUUAGGAGUGUCAGUGCACCAGUCUUCGCAGCUGUUCAUCUGAGUUCAGUUUACAUUCAUUCCAAGUUGUACAUGCUAGUCUUUAUUUUUUUUUUUCAAAUAAAAGACCAUGAACUUUA